AACAAUAUGUAAAUAAAUGUUUGAAGAAUAGUGAUAGGAAGAUGUAUAACUCUAUUGCAAUUAAUGCUGAACGUAAAAAUGUAGUAGCAGAAUUUCUGCAAAAGUCAUCUAUUCCAAAACAGUGUGGCAAUUGCAAGUUAUAUUGUCGAACGUUUAAAAAGGAAGGUCAUUCAAAAAUAUUUCAAUGCGUUUUAUCGUCGAAAGCGCAAAAGAAUCAAGAGUUGGCUAUGAAAGAUCAGAAUUUAUCAAUAGAGGAAGAUCAAUCACACGUUAAUCAAAACUCUAAAACAGCAAAAAAAUAUAUUACACCGGAAGAAUUACGCGAACAUUUUCGUAAGCUUUUUGUGAAUGAGUCAGAUCUUUGCUCUUUAUUAUAUAGCAAACGAGAACUUUUAUUGGAUAAAAUGAAUUCUCGGACUGAGGCCGUUCACGCAGAUAUAUUCUUUAUGGACGCGAUUGCUGUCCCCCCUACGCGUUUUCGUCCAGCUUCAAUUUUGGCUAAUAAGACAGCGAUGAAUCCACAAAAUGAACAUUUUCUCAGAAUUUUGAACGCACGUCUAGAACUUUGCACUCAUGCUGCAAUGUUGGAUAAAAACAAGAUACUUGUAGAAGAUAAUGAGACAAGCCACGUAGAUGUUGUUGACAACCUGAUGAAAAGCUGGGUCGAAUUGCAGAAUGCAGUAAAUGGCAUGUUUGAUAAUACGAAAGGAAAUUUAAAACAAAUGCGUAACAAAGAACCAGUCGCCGGUGUUAAACAAAUUUUGGAGAAAAAAGAAGGGUUAUUUCGGAAGCAUCUAAUGGGCAAACGCGUAAAUUAUGCUGCACGUUCCGUUAUAUCACCCGAUCCAUAUAUUGACACGGAUGAAAUAGGGGUACCUAUUAGGUUCGCCAAACGGUUGACGUACCCAGAACCGGUGACAUCAUACAAUGUUAAAGAGUUGAGCCAGGCUGUGUCAAAUGGUCCGGAUAUAUGGCCAGGUGCUACAUUUAUUCAAAAUGAGAAUGGUUCUUUGAUAAAUUUAGCGAGUUUAUCACUAGAAUCUCGCAUAUCCCUUGGACAACAGUUGCUUAGAGAACAGCAAGACAAACCAUCUUUUACUCAAUAUUUUGUCAAGACACCAUACAUAAACAAAAAAAUAUAUCGUCAUCUUCAAGAUGGUGAUAUGUUGCUAAUCAACCGACAACCUACUCUUCACAAGCCAUCUAUAAUGGCACAUCGUGCUCGUGUGUUGAAAGGAGAGAUGACAAUUCGUAUGCACUAUGCUAACUGUAAGGCAUACAACGCAGAUUUUGAUGGAGAUGAAAUGAAUAUGCAUUUUCCUCAAAAUGAAAUUGCUCGUGCUGAAGCCUUUCUAAUAGGCAGCACAAGUCGACAAUAUCUUGGCCCAACAUCGGGAUCUCCCUUGAGAGGCUUGAUUCAAGAUCAUGUAGUGGCUGGUGUGUGGAUGACCUGUAAAGAUACAUUUUUUACGAAGGCUGAUUAUCAGCAGAUCGUGUUUUCUGCACUGAGACUAGAUCCUUCCGAUUCAAGACGAAUUCUGACC